UUCGUUGCAACUUCGACCGAGAUUAAAGACUUCAAAGCAGCUGGAGAAAUUACAAGAAAUUGAUCCCCGGAUAUUUAAAUAACUGGCAAUCGCGAAAAGCGGGCGUGUGUGGUUGUGCGUGCGCGCGAGAGCGAGAGAAUAAGUGAACGAAUUAGAACGAGCACACAAAUUACACAAGUUGUAAAAGAAAAGCUGAAAAAAAGUUGACCGAGAACGAAUAUUGAUUUUUUCAUAGACCUUUCGUUGUUGUUAUAGUUGAAGUGUAGUUCAAAAACUGUAUCUUUUUUGAUAACUGAAAAACAGGCAAGGGAAAAGCGGUUGUAGUUUUUAUCUCAUUUUUGAGACCCGCAGAAGAAGAAGAGAGGAACAAGAACGGAAAGCGUCAGCAUUGUUAAUACAAAAAUCGACAAAAACACGCACCCACACACCGACACUUGCAUGCACAGUGGAAGUUUCAGUUUUUAAUAUCAGCAAAACCAAAACAGGCUAAGUACUUAAAUUCGAAAUUCAAGUAAAGCCGAAAGAUAUAAUAUAGGCCGAACAAAUUAAUAAGAGUCCAAGAACGAAAAGCAUGCCACAGUCUGAGGGCGGCUAUGUAUCGUUGCCGGCCGUCAAUGGCAAUGGCGGUGCCAUAUAUCAGUCGACCACAGAGCCCACGGCCCCGCCCUCCGUCUUCGAGAGCAUGAAGCGGGCCAUUGGCCAGGCCAUCAAGUCCUCGCCCAACGACAGCGAGGAGCUGCUCCGAUCGGAGCGCCUGCCGGUCAUCGUUGGCGGCUCCAGAAUCUCUUUCAGAGACCGCGACAAACCCGGUAAGACACUGACCACCAAGAUGCCGUCAGCUCCAACACACACUGCCGAGGAGGCACACCUGCUGGGCACCAUGCCCGUUGAUCCCAUGGAUGACAUCGAACUGCGCUCCGUGCAGCUGCAAUUCCCCAAUGCCCGCGGCUCCAUCCUGGAGGCCUGCGAACAGCGACGCGUGCCCACAGACAAGGGCGAUGUCCACGUGGCCAUACAGGGCGAUACGGCUAAGCCGGCCAUUGUCACCUACCACGAUCUGGGCCUAAACUACGCCACCAGCUUUGCUGGCUUCUUCAACUUUCCAGUUAUGCGAGGUUUGCUGGAGAACUUCUGUGUUUACCAUGUGACCGCUCCUGGACAGGAGGAGGGUGCUCCCACCUUGCCAGAGGACUAUGUGUAUCCGACCAUGGAUGAUCUGGCCGCCCAACUGCUGUUUGUGCUCUCCCACUUUGGCCUGAAGUCGGUUAUUGGUUUCGGCGUUGGUGCUGGGGCAAAUAUUUUAGCCCGUUUCGCCCACGCUCAUCCGGACAAGGUUGGCGCUCUGUGCCUGAUCAACUGCGUGUCCACGCAGUCGGGCUGGAUUGAGUGGGGCUACCAGAGCUUCAAUGCCCGUUUCUUGCGGACCAAGGGCAUGACACAGGGCGUAAUCGAUUACCUGAUGUGGCACCAUUUCGGACGCAAUCCGGAGGAGCGCAAUCACGACCUGGUGCAGAUGUACAAGCAACACUUCGAGCGAGGCGUGAAUCCGACCAAUCUGGCCAUGCUGAUCAACGCGUACAUCCAUCGCAACGACCUGCACCUGGCGCGCACUCCACCAGGAACUCCGGGAACCGAGACGGCGGCCACCACGCUGAAAAUGCCGGUGAUCAAUAUCACGGGUUCGUUGUCGCCACACGUGGACGAUACGGUGACCUUCAAUGGCCGCCUGGAUCCCACAAACUCAUCGUGGAUGAAGAUUUCCGAUUGCGCUUUGGUGCUGGAGGAGCAGCCGGCCAAGCUGGCAGAGGCCUUCCGGCUCUUCUUGCAGGGCGAGGGCUACGUGUCUGAAAAACCUCAGUAGGAAGAUCUGCCACCCAAAGCACCCAGCAGUAAAUUACCCAACAAAAAUUGCAAAACAAACCCGAAAUCUAGUUGGAAUGCAUUUAGCUAAUUAAUUAAUACAAUAAUUCAAAUUAUCAUUCGAAUAUACAGUUAUAUAGACAAAGUAGAGCUUAAGCGAAUUCACCCACACACACACACUGCUGGUGGAGAGACUUUCGAUAUUUUACGGUGUUGUUUAGUUUUUUAAUAGAUUGAAAAAUUCAGCCUUUAAUUUUUAUAAAAUUCAAAUGUGGUUUGAAAACAUACUGUUUAUACCACGUAUUACUAAAAAGUCUUUAUUUUAAUUAUUUCCUUUUACUGAAAUAAUAUAACUAUUUUGAGAAACAAAUUAAUAAAUAUUAAAAUAUUUAAUUAAACAAUCCCAAACACCGUAAGAUUCAAAGAGCUGAAUUGUGCAAAUGAUAUACUCUCGCCAGCAUACACGUAGAUUUGCUUCUUGAGUACAGUGCGACCUCGGUAGCCGGGCAUUUGAUACGUUUUCGAUUUUUCAACGCUCUUUGAUUUUCUCCUCCACAAAAACACACACUUUCCUGCACACGCCUUUUGUUUAGAAUAACUAUUUCAUUUUUUUGACCUUUUGUUUGUUUUUUUAUUUACACGCAAAUUGAAUACAAAAUGUACAACAACAACAAAAACAACAACAAC